AAUAAUAAUCUUUGCUGAUCGUCACACACCAGCUAUCUAGAGUCACCGAUAUUCGAUCUUCGCUGUUGAAAGUAAACUUCAAGUGGCAUCCAUGGAUCCAGCUAGCCAGCAACACAUUUUCACUUGUCUGUCAUGCUCGAUAGCUUUUCUUUCCGCGGAGGAGCAGCGCACGCACUACCGCUCAGACCACCAUAGAUACAAUAUGAAGCGUCGCGUCGCAUCCCUGCCACCAGUUAGCGCUGCUAUCUUCAAUCAAAAAGUCCUCGACCGCCGUCAGGAGACCGCAAUCAUGUCCUCGCUGAAAGGGAGUACCUGUGAGGUGUGCGGGAAAACAUACACAACAGAAAAUGCAUACAGGUCUCACAUAAACUCCAAGAAACACAAAGAGAACGAGCUCAAGACUGCCUCACAGCCAUGUCCACCAGUACCCCAGGAAGACGAAGUGCCCAGUGCCCCUGUAGACCCCCCACCAUCAUCCACCCUCCCCAUCAUCUCCGAAACUCCCAUACCCAAAGACUCGACCCUCGGCGUACCCGCGACCGCAACCGAAGACGAAAUAAACGAAAGCAUAGACGCAAAGAUAGCCGCUGCCCGCUCACGUCUUUCCAUAACAUCCUGCCUCUUCUGCACGCAUACUUCCUCCGCACUCGCAGAAAAUCUAACGCACAUGUCUUCUGCACACUCCUUUUUUGUCCCUGAUGCCGACUACCUCAUCGAUCUCCCUGGUCUCAUCACAUACCUCGGUGAGAAAAUCGCGGUUGGAAAUGUCUGCAUUUUCUGUAAUGGCAAGGGACGUGAGCUGCGGACGCUCGAAGCAGCACGGAAACACAUGCUAGACAAGGCUCAUUGCAAGAUCGCCUACGAUACCGAGGACGACCGACUCGAGGUGUCAGAUUAUUAUGACUUCACGACCUCGUACCCCGCUGAAACGCUGAAGAAAAAAUCCAGACAGCCACGCGCAGAGGACGAGGAGUGGGAGGACGCUGAUGAUGACAGCGGCGAAGCAGAAGAGAUCGUUGAUGACGACGCCUCAGAGCCUCCUGAAUCUGGUUCUGAUGAAAGUAUACCUGAAAACCAGAUCACCUAUGGAGAUACCGAGUACGAGCUUGUUCUUCCAUCCGGUGCACGCAUCGGACAUCGGUCGAUGAAGCGCUAUUACGCACAAUCCUUGCUCGUGCACGCCAGAAGAGAAGAUGACCGCAACUCCGGGAUCGCACUUGUCCGCAGAUUGCUCGCAGACAAAAAUUCUGCCCUUGUACCCCGCAAGGGUGGGUUUGGUGCAUAUGGACAAGGAAUGGAAGUUGCUAAAGCGCGCAAUCGUGGUGAGGCAAGAGAGGCAGGGAGGCAUGUACGAGAGUUCAGAGAUCAGAAACGUAGGGAGGAUUUCAAGACACGAGUAGGCUUCAUACACAACAGCCAGAAGCACUUCCGGGACCCACUUCUUCAGUGAAAGUGAAUCAAUUGACAAAGCGGAGAUUUACUUUGCAUGAUAUAAUACGCAUGAUAUUCCUUUGGUAUUCCCAGCGUAAACUAUUAUCCCAUUUU